AUUCCUGAUCCAGAAGAAUGCUUUAGUUAUGUAAUGGUUUAUCCUGAUAAAGUUUUUGAUUUAUUUGGUUUUAAACUCACUAUAAGAAAGGCUGAUCAAAUGGAAUUCGUGGAUAUUGCAAAAGAAUUAAAUAGAAAAUUGGAUCUAUCCUAUUACUUCGAAAAUACUAUUAAUAGACUUUGUGCCCGAUUUAUUAUAUAUGAUAAAAAAUAUGAACCACUAUUUAAUGACAAAAUCAUGAAAAUUACUGAUUCAGAUGAGAAAUAUAAACAGAUUGAUACAUAUGCUCAAAACAAGGCCAAGAA